AUGAAGAGUACUACCGACGUUCUACAGACUGCCGGUACGCACACUGAACCUUCUACUCCAGCUGUAGUUACAGCUACCACUCCGCAGCCCUCUUCACGACCUACUACUACUCUUCCUUCAAGGAACACCGCCUCAGCUUUUGAUGCAACCAUUUCGUCAGCUGAAGAGGUACCAGUUGGAAUACCAUUCCUUCCUCAGCGGAAGGUUAACUACGGACCUGAAGAUUUCCUACUAGACACCACACCUACAACCUCGAACGACAGCACAGCUAUGUCAACAAGAAGUAAGACUACUAAGACUUCCGCAGUGUCCAAGAAGACCAACGAUCCAAUUUUUCUCAAAACUGCCAGAAAAAAAGAAGAGCUGUGUUGUCUGAAGACCUGGGAAUGA